CUGCAACCUGCUGCUUUGCCAUCCCUUCACCUACUCCCUCUGAGCAAUAAGAAGGAGUGGCAGCCUCGCCUCGGGUCCAGAAGGGAGCAUGUAGCAGUUGCACAGGAGAGGGAAAAGGAAGCCCAAGCCCUCACCCCGUGGUGGGAGAAAUAAAGACACUCUGCACAUGCUCAGAUACAAGCACACAAGUGUUCUAACAAAUCAUUCUGCAAAUGCCACAAUCAGCCUCUGGUGCUGUCUGUGAGCAGAUUCAGGGGCUGAGCUCUGGCACAAAACAGUCUUCUCAAGCCCUUGGCAAGUGUGUGCUAACUCUCUUGUUGGGGCAGCCCUUUCCUUUCCUAAUUCUGAAACUGCAUUCAUAUAUGCUGUCAUUUUCAUUUCAUAUAAUAAACCAAGCUUUCUUUGUUAAUGUAUCUCUCAAGACUCUUAAUGUACAGCUAUUUGUUUGCCGCUCUUAAAAUUAUUGGGUUGCCCAUCUGGCAUUUAGGGGGGCUUUAGUAUUGCCAGCUCAGGACAAAAUUAAAUGUUAGGUGUCAGGAGUUUUAUUUAAGCAGGGAUAGAGGCAAACACAUAUUCAUAAAUGGGUACACAUUAUAACUCUAGCAGAAAAUUCCAUACCUUGUGUGUGUGUGUGUGUGUGUGUGUGUGUGUGUGUACCUGUGAGUGCUGGACAUGUGAGUUCAGACAUAUACUGUAACACAGUCUAGAAUGCCGUAUUAAUACCUGAUUUUGAUGUGUGAGGAAUGUCUUGAGAAGCACUGACCCUGGAAACCUAGCUUGGCUCAGUUCUGAUGUUGUACCACCCCCUCCCCACCCCACACACUUCUGCCAAUGCUGUGUAUCCCCCUCACUACUAGGUAGCUAAAUGUGCUUCUGUAUAUCUGGAAUGUGGGGAAAGGUUGAAUCUUAGAAGAACAAUAUGUGCAUUGUUACAUAAUUAAAGCUAGGUGUAGAAAGGCCAUGGAGCUUUAUAAAGCAUUGCAUAUGGGAAAACCCAGGGACCAGGCAGGCCCUGCCUUACAGAAUUAUAUUUUGCAAACUAUAUUUUGAUAGUAGGGGAGCACAGAGGAACAGUCAAGGAUGCUCUCACUGCUUUCAAUGUGUCCUACACACCAGAACUUCCCAGAUAAUUUUGCACCAUAUUAGUGUGUGGUGGUUAUUUGGUGCCAUUUAAGGCACCACAAGUGUGUCUUGUGUGCACCAUCAUGUGUGACAAAUGCACAUGGAUCUAUUUUGCCACAUGUGCACAUUCAUCUGGUGAAUGGGGCAGAGGAUAGUGCGUGACCUCCCUUGCACCAUAGUAUAUGUGCAACCCUGCAUGGGAAUAUAGAUAGGGAGGGGAUCUCUCGGUAGAUCACCUGCCUUUCCUUGGAUGGCCAAAUGCAAAGGAAGUAGGGUGAACAGAAAGAAGAGGAGGAUGGCUAUUCCUGCACCUUUAAGCGUUCUGUAGAUAAUUUCAGCCAGAGUAGCUUGUUGUGUAAGCUACAUCUGCUGCAUUUCCCUUUUCUGCACCGCUGUUAAAAGAAGCAGGAGCCACAGGCGCCCGGUUACACCCAACUUUGGGGGAGCCCAGAGCAAGCACAUGACAUAAUGUGCACAACAUGCACAUGUGAUGUCAUACGACAGGAGGAGACAACAAGGCCCAGCGCAGCUGCAGAUAGGCUGGGUGAGGCCCUUCGCAGGCCACAGAAUAUUGAGGGAGUCUGGCCCCUCUUUGAAAAUGGGGGGGGCUUCAGCUCCCCCAAAUGGUGCCCCUGGCAGGAGCCCAGUCCUCUUUUUCACCUGGCUGCCUCAUGGGCAGACAAGCCUCUUGCAUCUUUAACAGUUGCAUAAAAGAAGACAGGUGGGGGCUGGGCGGCAGUUUGUCAUGCUGUGGGGAUGAGAAAAACUCAACCUGCAUUCUUUUUAGUUGCAUAGUUGCCUUACCUGACAGUACCUGUCCAAUAGACAACUUUGAUUUGUAGAACUGGCACUGUGGCAGGUGCUACAUAAUACUUAUUCCACAGUUGAAAGAAAAAUCAGUAUUUUAGUGCAGCAGCGACUACACUUUGGAACCCCCAGCCUGUUGCCUAUUGAUAACAGGCGGGCACCUUCACUGUACUUUUUUCAGUACCUGCUUAAAACAUUUUUGCUUUGGGAAAGCCUAUCUAGACAUGUAGAUGUUACAUGUUUUGAUACUUUGUUGCUGUUAAUUUUAAUCACCUGCUUAUCCUUGUUUGUUUUUAUUGAUACUUUUAAUGUGUUUAAAACUGCUUAGAGGUUUGACUGCAAUCAAGUGGUAUAAAAAGUAAAAUAACAACAACUAAAUUCCUGCUUUCAUCCGAUUGUUAAAGACGCGGGAGGCCUCCUUUGUAUGGAGUCGCCCCCCCCCCCAGCUGUGAUACGUGACUCUGAAGUAAGUGGGGCAGAGCAGGUGGUCCCUCCCCACCUCCCCCAGAUUUGCAGCAAGAUAUUUGGAUGUCUUGGGCACCUUGCUAUGGUAUAUAUUUGAAACGAACCCUGUGAUCCUAGGGGGAAAACACAAGCGCCGCCCUCUCUCUCCAGAGUUCGCCUGGGAUGGGGGCAGCAGCUGCUGGGUUUUUGCUGCCAAGGGGGAUUCCUCCCCUGACGUACGAGCGGGGCAUCCCAAUAGCCGUGACAUCACGCAGCCGUUUUUGGGGUCGUCCCUGCUCCCAAUCGCCCCUGGCGCAUUCAGCUCAAUAGUCCCUCAGGAUGCAGGGGGAGGCCUACCCGAGUUAGGAAGCAUUACUGUGGCGCGUUUAAAUGCUUUGUGCCUUAUUGUUGCCCUUUUGUUGUCAUGAUCACUGUCUGUUCUGAGAUUCCUCCUGCCGCGAUCUCUGGACAGGAUCACGGCAGUUGUAGGGUUAACAAAUGGAAAGGGAGGAAAACGAACAAAUCAGGGUCUUCGCUCCCCCACGUGGGAGAAAGGGUGGGGCUAGUGUCAGGUGACUUGGGCAAAUCAUAUGAUCAGCAGUUCCCUACUUAGAUCGAAAACUUCUGGAUCACCGCUGGAAAAAGCAGCGAGGAUGGAUUUGCCGUUGCUGCUGAGCUGGCAUGGACGCAUCUCCCGAGAGCUGGACGCCGUGGUGGAUUUCUGGCUUCAGCAUUCGCAUGACGAAGAAUACGGGGGGUUCUUUACAUGUCUGGGCCAGGAUGGGAAAGUUUAUGAUGACUUGAAAUAUGUUUGGCUGCAAGGCCGGCAGGUGUGGAUGUACAGUCGGCUGUAUCGAAAAGUACCAAGAUUCCGGCGCCCUGAACUCCUGCAGGCAGCCCGAGCAGGUGGGGAGUUCCUGUUAGAGCAUGCGCGAGUGGCCCCACCUUCGCAGAAGUGUGCCUUUGUCCUGACUCGUGAUGGGCGCCCUGUGAAAAUCCAGCGCACCAUUUUCAGCGAGUGUUUCUAUGUCCUUGGGCUGGAUGAGCUUGGACGAGCAACUGGGGAACCUCGUUACCAGAGGGAAGCCCUGGCAAUGAUGAAGGCCAUUGUACACUGGGUGAAGGAGGAUCCCUCUGAGCUGGGACGCCCACUGCUGGCGGGCGCAACCCCACAUGACUCCAUGGCUGUUCCCAUGAUGCUCCUCAACCUGGUGGACCAGUUGUCAGAAGGAGAUGCAGAGGCUGCAAGCCAGUUCAGUGAGCUGGGAGGCUGGUCUGCUCAGCGAAUCCUCAUGCACGUGCAGAGGGAUGGUGCUGCUGUGUUGGAGAACGUUUCUGAAGAGGGCGAGGAGUUGCCAGGGUGUUUGGGAAGACAACAGAAUCCUGGCCAUGCAAUUGAAGCAGGCUGGUUCCUGCUCCGCUAUGCACAGCGCCAGCAGGAUUCGUACCUCGUGACCCAGGCUGUGGAGAAGUUCAUGAAGGAGCCAUUCCGUCUGGGCUGGGACCCUGAACACGGCGGACUCUUUGCCUUUCAGGAUGUGGAUAAGCUCUGCCCAACACAGUUAGAGUGGAAAAUGAAGCUUUGGUGGCCACACACAGAAGCCAUAAUUGCAUUCCUGAUGGGCUUUGCUGAGACUCGAGACCCAGAGCUCCUGGAACACUUUGUCCAAGUGGCUAAAUACGCUUUUGCCAAGUUCAGUGACCCACAGGCAGGUGAAUGGUUUGGCUAUCUGACCCAGGAGGGCAAGGUGGCUCUCACAAUCAAAGGAGGGCCAUUCAAAGGCUGUUUCCAUGUCCCCCGUGCACUCUAUAUCUGUGAAGAAAUUCUGGAAUCGCUCAUAAGGGAGACUAAAUUGACCAGCCAGGGAUGAAACACUCAACUACUUUCUGCCUGGGAUAAAUCUUAAUUCCAGCCACAUUCUUCUUCAACCGUGGUAGAAACUGAA